GAGGUAAAAAACCGGAUAAAGACCGGAUAAGAGAGCUCAACACCCAAAACUUAAGGGUAAUUUGCAUAAACGGUCACAAACCUUUGCACUUAGUACAAAACUUAACCAACUCCUCACCCUUUAAGGCCUUAGGCCACUCAAAUCCCACAAUCUCAAUGUAAAAUCAAGACCGAAUUGGGACCGGACCGGAUCAAAAACGGACCGGAUCAAGACCAGACUGUAUCCAAUCCAAUCUUCGGUCCUUAUAUUUUCAAAAAGACCGGACAGGACCGGAUCAAUUUGGGCCAAUUUAACCGGACCAGACCGUAUAGCCACCCCUACUUCAAGAGUAUAUCUCACUUCACCUCAUCCAGACCUUUAGAGCUCCUACAUCUAGAUCUGUUUGGGCCUACGAAUGUGAUGAGCUUUGGUGGAAAGUAUUAUGCCUUUGUCAUAGUAGAUGAUUUUUCUAGAUAUACUUGGGUAAGAUUUUUGACUCAGAAACCUUUGCACUUAGUACAAAACUUAACCAACUCCUCAUCCUUUAAGGCCUUAGGCCACUCAAAUCCCACAAUCUCAAUGUAAAAUCAAGAUCGAAUUGGGACCGGACCGGAUCAAAACCGGACCUGAUCAAGACCGGACUGUAUCCAAUCCAAUCUUCGGUCCUUAUAUUUUCAAAAAGACCGGACUGGACCGGAUCAAUUUGGGCCAAUUUAACCAGACCGGACCGUAUAGCCACCCCUACUUCAAGAGUAUAUCUCACUUCACCUCAUCCAGACCUUUAGAGCUCCUACAUCUAGAUCUGUUUGGGCCUACGAAUGUGAUGAGCUUUGGUGGAAAGUAUUAUGCCUUUGUCAUAGUAGAUGAUUUUUCUAGAUAUACUUGGGUAAUAUUUUUGACUCACAAAGAUGAAGCUCUUGAGAAAUUCAAGAUCCUUGUCAAAAAUAUUCAGAAUGAGAAAUCCCUCAGUGUUAAAAGCAUCAGAAGUGAUCAUGGAGGAGAGUUUGAUUCAGAAAACUUUGGAAACUUCUGUGAUCAACUAGGAAUCUCCCAUGAAUUUUCAGCUCCUAGGACUCCCCAACAAAAUGGUGUAGUGGAGAGGAAAAAUAGAGCUCUUAUAGAACUAGCUAGAACAAUGCUUAGUGACUAUAGGCUCCCAAAAUAUUUUUGGGUUGAAGCAGUAGCUACCGCCUGUUAUGUUCUAAAUAGAACAUUGGUUAGGGCCAUCAUAGAAAAAACCCCUUAUGAAAUCUGGAAAGAUCGGCGACCAAAUAUUAGUUAUCUUAGACCAUUUGGGUGUAGAUGCUUUGUACUCAACACUAAGGAUACUCUAGGAAAAUUUGACUCAAAGUCAGAUGAGGCAGUAUUUUUGGGUUACUCUACUCGUAGUAAAGCCUAUAGAGUCUUCAACAAGAGAUCAUUGAAGGUCGAGGAAUCAAUACAUGUUGUUUUUGAUGAAACUGACUAUAUCUCUGAGCAUGAAAGAAAACAGGACGAUGAUAAAGAUGACUUGGAACUAAUUCGAACGACGACAACCUCAGUCACUCAAGAAGCGGAGCUUUCGCAUGAUGAGUUAUCCAAAUCCCAAGAGCCAAGUGCACCACCUCAUAUUGCCAAGGCACAUCCUCCGCAUCAAAUCAUUGGGAACAUUAAUGAUGGAGUCAAAACAAGAUCAAGUAAGGACUUGCAUCAAGGUCAGACUUCUUACUUUUCACUUCUUGCUACAGUCUAUUUAUCCUUAAUUGAGCCUAAAAACAUUAAGGAAGCCUUACUUGAUGAAAGUUGGUUUCUAGCCGUGCAAGAAGAAAUGCUUCAAUUUGCUAGAGCCCAAGUAUGGGAUUUGGUUCCUAGACCAAUAGGUAAAACUAUUAUAGGACUUAAAUGGGUCUAUCGCAAUAAAACAGAUGAUCAAGGGAUAAUUAAUAGGAAUAAGGCUAUAUUGGUGGCUAAAGGCUAUAAUCAAGAAGAGGGAAUAGACUAUGAUGAAACAUUUGCUCCAGUAGCUCGUAUUGAGGCAAUUAGACUAUUAUGUGCCUUUGCUUCCUCAAUGAAUUUUAAAUUAUAUCAAAUGGAUGUCAAAAGUGCAUUUCUGAAUGGAGUCCUUCAUGAAGAGGUCUAUGUAGAACAACCUCCUGGUUUUGAAGAUCAUAGGUUCCCUAACCAUGUUUUCAAACUUAAAAGGCUCUCUAUGGCUUAAAACAAGCUCCUCGAGCGUGGUAUGAACGUCUAACUCAAUUCCUAGAGAGUGAAGGGUUUGUCAGGGGUUCUGUUGACACAAAUCUAUUUCUAAAGAAACAUACCAAUGACCUUAUGGUCGUCCAGAUUUAUGUUGAUGACAUAGUUUUUGGUGCUACUAAUGAAGCUAUGUGUGUAGAGUUUGCCUCCUCCAUGCAACAAAAUUUUGAAAUGAGUAUGAUGGGUGAGCUUACCUACUUCCUAGGACUUCAAAUCCAACAAACCUCAAAAGGAAUUUUCAUUAGUCAGACAAACUAUACUCAGUCAAUGUUGUCCAAGUUUGAUCUUAGUAAUCUUAAUCCUAGUUCAACCCCAAUGGCUACCAAUAUUCAAUUAGACAAAGAUGAAGGUGGUAUAGAUGUUGAUGAACGUAAAUACCGUGGGAUGAUAGGAUCGCUUCUUUAUCUCACGGCAAGUAGGCCAGACAUUAUGUUCAGUGUCUGUAUGUGUGCUCGUUUUUAGUCCAAGCCUAAGGAAAUUCAUCUUAGUGCCGUUAAGCGCAUCUUUCGUUACUUGAAAGGUACACCUACUCUAGGCCUAUGGUAUCCUAGGGAAACAAAUCCUGAGCUUAUAGGGUUUAGUGAUUCAUACUUUGCCGGCAGUAGAACGGAUAGAAAAAGUACCUCUGGAACUUGUCAAUUUUAUGGUCGAUCUUUAAUUUCGUGGUUUAGUAAGAAACAACACUCCGUAGCCCUCUCCACCGCUGAAGCUGAGUAUAUUGCCGCAGGAAGUUGUUGUCAACAACCUCUAUGGUUAAUGACUCAACUAGCGGACUAUGGGAUUACACUUCCUAACGUUCCCAUUUUAUGUGAUAAUACGAGUGCUAUUAAUAUGUCUAAAAACCCGGUUCAACACUCUAGAACAAAACAUAUAGAGAUUAAAUACCAUUUCCUUCGAGAGCUUGUUCAGAGUAAAACCGUGUCUAUUUCUUUUAUACCUACAAGUGAUCAACUAGCGUAUAUUUUUACUAAACCACUCCCUGUAGAUCAGUUCCUAUUUAUAAUAUGAACAGUAAGAACUAGCAUUCUUAUUGAGACUAUAACUCAUAGGGAAGAAAAAAAAUUUAUGGAUGGAAUAAAAUAUGCAGUAUGUACAGACAAAAGUAUUCGGUUAUUGGGGAUAAAUCAAUAUACUUCUAAUGUCGAAUCGGGAUCAACUAGGACAGAAAUAAAGCAUUGGGUCGAACUCUUCUUUGGUGUCAAGUUCAUUGCUAUGGCUCGCUAUCCUAUAACAAGCAGUUUCUCCUUCACUUCCUAUAAGAGUGCCGCACGAGCAAGCUUCCGAUCUUGUCAGUUUUAAAUCCUGAACUUACUUUUUCUUGAAUAUUCAUUCACUCCUUUGUUUUUUUUGUUGAUCCAGUACCCUCUCUAAUAAAGUUGGAUAAUAAACCUCACUAACGACAUAACAUAAAAAAAGAAAAAAGAAAACGAAAAUCAAAACGCCAUUCCCCGAUGCGCGACGACCUCGUCUUUUCCAGUGAGGUCUCGAAGCUUUCCAGCGCGACCCUUUCCCCUUCUUCUCCGAUUACGAUUUUCAAUCGUAUCCUCAUCGCCGUUCUCGCCCAGCGAUAAUAGAUGUUGCUACCAACGAGUCUCCUGCGGUUGGUCUGCUGUUUGCUGGCUUGGUUACGGAGCUGCUUCAUUGUGUGGGCGUUCCUCUCACUGACUUUGUCUUUGCCACUAAUGACUAUGUCAGUCCCACUCUUGUUUAUGUUCUCGGAGCUGUCGAGCUCCCCCUCCUUAUUGAUUUAACAUCAGGGGGAGAAACGUGGUGGACGCACCUAAUGGAUUCAAUGGAGAGGGAACUGCUGAAGGCGGCGCGUCUGUGGAAAUUGCUGCAUCUGCUUCCACCUCCAUUCACCCAUUCAAGCUUAAACGCCAGGCCAAAGGACCUCGUCCUUCUAAGAAAGUGCUUAAACGUCU